AUGAUGUGUCUGCCCUUCGUAGUUCUUGUGUUACCACCUGUACUCAGUCUAGUGCAGCCAUUCUGCAAUGAAGCUGGGGAACCAGUUCCAGCUGCGACGCACCCACUGGUGUCUGCAUUUGAGAAAGGAGCCAAAAAGGAUGGGAAUAAUGAAGCCCGUUUCCAAAAAGCAUCCGAUCAGGAAAAGGAAGCUAAGUCAUGUUUCGGUAGCAAAAAGCCAAAUUGUGUUCCCGUUGUAUACGAACUAGGCUGGACGCCCACACAGAUCUCUUCACAGGCAGCUGACAUUUAUGCGCUUUAUCUGAAAUCGAAUGGGUCGCCAACCGGCAAGGUACUACCGAUAUAUCAAAAUAAGCCGUAUCCGAAAUCGCGUUUCUGUCGCGGUGUCCCCGAUCCGAAGAUUCGUAGUUCCGAUCUUGGCAAAAAGAAAGCCAAUGUAGAUGAGUUCCCAUGUUGUGCUCACAUGAUGUCCAACGAACGUGAACAUCUUUCAUCGGAAGCUCUUGAAGCUGCUCGUAUCUGCGAAGAACUGCGGAAAGAAUCUCAAUUGUUGAUGAACAACGAUGGAGAACACGUGGCGCGUUCUUUUCAAGAAAGGAUUGGACAAGGCUAUUCGACUCCGCAGUGCAUGGCCAACAAUACGCUAGCUCCACUUCGCGCAAUUGAUAUCUCUGCAGUUACACCUUGUGAUGAACUUUCUGCUAAAAAAUGUAAGGAUGUUUUCUUCAAGUUGGAAAUCAUUUGCGACAGUCCAUUUUAA